AUGGGAGUGAUACAGCUUCCCAGCCCACCUAGAAUCCUGUGUUUUUCUUUUCAUAUUCUCCUCAUCCUGCUUCAACAGACUACUGCAGAAAGAGAACUGAAGUUUGUGGUUGUAGUUUUCCGACAUGGUGACCGAACACCGAUUGUAAACUUUCCAACUGAUUUACACAAAGAAACUGAAUGGCCCCAGGGAUUUGGACAACUUACUAAGAUUGGAAUGCAGCAGCUAUUUGAACUUGGCCAGUACACGAAGGAAAGAUACUCCAACUUUCUGAAUAGGACAUACAGCCGACAAGAGUUUUACCUCCAAAGUACAGAUUAUGAUCGCACCAUUAUGAGUGCCCUGUCAUACCUUUCUGGCCUCUUUCCACCAAGCAGCAGUCAAAUUUGGAACCCUGGUCUUCUCUGGCAACCUAUUCCAGUUCAUAUUUUGCAAAAAUCAUCAAAACAGAAGCUGCAUUUUCCUCUACGUGACUGUCCCCGUUUUGAUGAGCUUCAGAAUGAAACACAAACAUCUCCUGAAUUUCAAAAUAGAAUACAGCCAUACAUGGAUUUUUUACAAACAAUGGCAGUUAACACAGGACUUGAACUAAAUCACCUUAAAAUGCUGGACAAUUUCCAGCUCUGGAAUACCUAUGAUACUCUACAUUGUGAGGAUAUUCACAAUUAUACUCUCCCUGUAUGGGCCACCAAAGAUGUAAUCAACAAGAUGGAAAAACUGGCAGAAUUGUCCUUGUUAUCUCUAUUUGGGCUCUAUAGAAGAGAAGAGAAAUCACGGCUACAAGGAGGUGUACUUCUGAAUACUAUUUUAAAUAGUAUUAAACAAGCUGCCAAUUCUUCAAAACAAGGAAAAAUGGAAGUCUACUCUGCACAUGACACCACAAUUGGGGCCCUGCAGAUUGCUCUCAAUAUUUUCAAUGGAAAACUGCCACCAUACGCUGCUUGCCAGUUUUUUGAACUCUACCAGGAAAGCAGUGGGCGAUAUAGCAUUGAAAUGCACUACCGGAACGACUCUUCAAAGGAUCCUUACGUACUCACUCUGCCAGGAUGCACCUCUUCGUGUCCACUUGAGAAGUUUGCUGAACUAGUUUCUCCUGUGAUUACAGAAAAUUGGUCAAAAGAAUGUGGGAAGCAAGAUAAAAUGAAAGACAUUUUUCUCGGAUUUGACGUUGCUGUUGGCUUGCUGUGCAUUUUUAACCUUGUACUGCUCUACCUCCUUUAUCAUUAUGGACGCUGUAGGCGCAGAAACAAUUACCAAGACAUUUAAAGGGGAGCUAAAGAAAUGAAGGAGAGAGCAGCUAGACAUCCAGCAAUCCUUCAAGUUGCUUACAUCUAUCAGGUUGCUCUGGCCAAAUAAAUCUCCAAAGCAUAUUCAACAAAUUCGAAGUGCUGAGGUAUCUGUGGCCUAGCUCCUAAAAGACUCAAUAUCUGCAGUGAGAAAUGCUGUAGAAAUACAUUAUCAUUGUUAAAAAUUUACUUUUGUAGGAAGAUGG